AUGACGAAAUCAUCACUACCUCGACACAUUCUCCUUCGUCAUUCUCGACCAGACGUGUCUCGAUCCAGCUUCAGAAAUAUCAUAAUCGCCCGAUCAAUCACGUCCACCCCUUUCCAUUGCGCACCCUCCUCUUCGACACCUCGACAAAGUACUCAAUCACAAUCAACAUCAACAUCAACAUCAACAUCAGCAUCGACAUUCAGCACUAUCAACGAGUCUGAGAUAUCACAUUUCUCAAAAUUAUCAUCACAAUGGUGGGAUGAAAGUGGUGAAUUCAAAUUAUUACAUCGAAUGAAUCCUGUUCGAAUUGAAUAUAUCAGACAAAAAGUUGCUUUGAACGCAUCUCCACCUGACAGUGAAGGAGAAGUGGAAUGGACAUUCGAAACACGUCAUAGAGACUUGGAAAGAGAGACUAGCAAAGGUACAGGACUAUGGUUGGAUGGUAUGAGAUGUCUGGAUGUAGGUUGUGGAGGUGGAUUAUUAUCUGAAUCAUUAGCUAGAUUAGGUGGGAAAGUAAUUGGUGUAGAUGCAAGUUCAUCAAAUAUCAAAAUUGCUUUAACGCAUUCACAACAAGAUCCAACGUUAAGUAAGAAAAUCGAUCAAGGAACAUUGGAAUUUAGACAUUCUUCAGCAGAGGUAUUGAGGGAUAACGGUGAACAAUUCGACGUAGUUUGCGCCAUGGAAGUUCUUGAACAUGUUGAUCAACCCAACGAAUUCAUGAAAUGUUUAGGUGAAAUGGUCAAGCCAGGAGGUCAUUUGAUAAUAUCAACAAUAUCCAGAACACCUUUAUCACAAUUGUUAACUCUGACCCUAGCAGAAGAUGUGUUGAAAUUGGUCACUCCAGGUACUCAUACAUACAAGAAAUUCGUCAAACCUGAAGAAUUACGUAGAUUCAUCUAUUCAGAUAUGGGCGGAUUCGAAACUUGGUAUCAGAAUUCAGAUGCAAGUGAUAUUAGGAAAGAUGAAGUCGGUGAAACAAGAGGUAUAAUUUAUGAUCCCCUAAAAGGAGUUUGGAGGUUAUGGAAUGGUGUUCAAGGUUCUUUCUGGAAGGGUUUAGGUGAAGGUUGUAAUUAUAUGUUUCAUGCUAGGAAAAGACUAUAA